AUGACACCACAGUCCCUCUCCCUCUCCGCCCACGACAUCACCCGCACUCACAUAUCCGGCUCCGCGUCGAUUGCAAUCUCCCCAAAUACCAAUUCCACCGUAUAUCCCGCAAUAAGCAUCAGUCUCAUCCGAACAGUUGUCUUGGAACAGUCCAGCACGAAUGUUGGUGAAAAUAAGGGCGGGUUCUUCGAGCGCCUUCGAUGCCGGCAUUCACCCCGACAACGGAAAUCGCAGUCGAUGAUAGAGAGCAGCUCGAGUGAAGAAAAAGUCAUCCAAUCCAACCUGUGGCAUCAGCCAGAGCUCGUCGAGAACCAUGUCCACAGCGAGUGGAAUUUGCUACGAUUUCCCUUCUCCAUCCCCGUACCGGAAGAUCUUCCCGCGACGACAGAGACGGUCCUGGGGAAGGUCUCGUAUGUGAUUGAAGCACAGACAGACUCGGGGAUCUGUACGAGGCAGCCGGUUGAUAUACAGUGUAGGAGUAUUCAGGAUGGUCAGACAGUGGACUAUGCUCGUGCUUUUCCGGGCCAACGGUUGUCCACGCAGACGUUUCUUACCCGGAUGAGACCUGACUCGAGAGUCACGGCCAGGUAUGCUGCGAAGGAGGUGGUUUAUCAGACCAUCACAAAGGGCAUACGUGCCACGGAGACAAAGUAUGCCACGGUCAAAGAGCUGAGAUGGCGAGUGGAGGAGACCGUCAACGCGGUAGAAGUGUAUCCGGAUACAACCCGGUGCAAAGGACAGAUUAUCCGGCAACUGGCUGCUGGGAAACAGACUGGACACUGGAUAGCGACAGGAACAGAUGGGCAGGUUGCCGUUGCAUUUGAGAUUACAAUCCCCCAGAGUGCAAAUGCAGCAGAUGAGAUUGACAUCUCGUCGUAUUCUCGGGGACUGGCCAUCACGGUCAGCCACCGACUGAUGCUGGACGUCAUCAUCGGAGAAGACACGUUCGAUCAAGGCACAGGCAAGUUGGUGGAUCGGAAGCCUCGAGUGAGGUCGUUGAAUGCAUCUUUUCCGAUUGCUGUGGAUAGAGCACAAGGCGAUGAGGGCUUGAUCACGCAUGGUCUUCCACAAUACGACGAGACAGCCAUGCCUCCUGAUUAUGAACCUAAACGAUGAUGAUACGAUAUUUCUUAAUUCUACUGAUCGUGUGUUUCCGCUGAAUUGUGCCAAAUCCAGCUGAAAAGCGGCUGAGCACAGAGGUAAAUAGACCAUCUCCAGCCUUUCUCUUUUCCUCACUCUCAUCUUACUAUCCUACUUUGCUUUACUUGAUAUAGAAUUCAUUACAUUUCUGACCACUG